AUGUUGACCGACACUUUUGAUCUGGAAAGCAGCACCAACCCCAUCACCACCACAUCCAAUGAUUAUUCACCCUCACUGGCUGUUUUGGGCUCUAGUGUUGGCAGCACUUCAAGCACUCCAACUGCACCUUCACCCACCGCAACCCCAUUUGUUACACCUACUACUAACACCCUUCCUAACACAGAGACCACGUUUACAGAGGUUACAACUGAAGACGGAGAGCCAAAUUUACCACUGUACACCACUUCAAGUAAUUUCCAAUACGGAGGUCAAAUUCCAAAACCACAAGUCGCGUAUGGACAACCGUGGCAGCAGAGUGCAAAGCCACCCAGUCCGCCCUCCACUAAUUACUACGCAGACAAUUUUGCAAAAGUCAACUCCAGCGCUUCAAAUCUUUUCAGCAGCGGCUACCCCUCUGUUAGCUAUUUUGGCUACAACUCUCAGUAUCAGCGAGAGCCGCAAAAAGCUCAACCUAGCUACACUUUCGCCCAAGCGCAAGGCCCAUAUUUUGUUUCUGAGAGCAAGCCAGCGUACGGCCAAAGCAACUACCACGGACAGAAUAUCAAGCCAUACAGGCCGGCCUCAUUUGACUUUGCCUCAUAUCCAACAGCACAAAACGUGGCUCAGGUGGAGUCUCCCUAUCCAGCAAGGCCACAGAAAAAUUACCAGGGUUCACACUCACAUGGUCCGCCUAAGCAGGAGCAACCAGAUCCCAUUGUGUAUGAUUGGCACCCUCCCAAGAGCCCCCACAGCUCAUACCAAAGCCAAGUUAACCUCUGGCAGCAAACUAAACCAGUGCAGAGUGCUCAGAACCUGGCACCGCAAUAUGAUUUUGUUUCGCCAAAUAAGCCUUCCGAUGACAAUUACUUGUCAAGUCCCAUCCAACAGCCGGAGAGGGAGGCUCAUCGCCCAUCUUAUCCGACUCGGAUUUCCCUACACCAACAGGGUUACAACAGCGCCAACGGCAUUCCUGCCGAAAACAGUGGAUAUCAGUCAAGCGUCCAGCAUGCGACUGUGCAAAGUUAUGGAGACAAUUUUAAUACUGGCCUGUCGCCACCAUCGGGACAGAGGUACCAAACGCUGCAGCAAAAUCAAGGAAACUACAACUACGCACAAUCAAGUCACUCGUAUGGCCAGCCACCAAGCCCAUAUCAAAGGCUGUCCUAUGGAUCGCCACCCCAGUUUACUUCUUUCGUUUAUGGAAGCAAGCCGUCCAGCCAGCAACUCCAGUCGCCUACCAGCUACCAACCUGUCCCGGUAGGCCCCGUUGAGAAUGAGAAACAGCCGCCCUUGGCAGACGAAGAACCAAGCAGUCAGCAAGUGCCGCCUCUUUUGCUGGAGCAACAGAUUGGUGGCCACAACCAGGCAGCUGCAACUGAUCAGACUGAAUCCAAUGUUAUCAACCAGUGCGACCAAGUGGUGAAAGUGGCCGCUGACCGCACACAAGUAGUCGAGCUUUCUAUCACAGCAGGACAGUGCAACAUUGACGUGCAGGCGCCUAAAGGUCGUUUAACAUUGCAGCUCAGAGAUAUUAUGCUGCCUUGUGGAGAUCAGUCUAUUACCGUGUACGAGGGAGGAAAAGCAUUUCCACUUGCAAGACUUUGUGGCCAAAUCACAGAAACGCCACUAUAUCUACUGGACGGCUCAUCGGCAAAACUGGUAGUUCAAUCAAGAGGCAUCAAAUUUUCUUUUACUUCGUUCCUGUGGUGAAGAUAUUUUUGUAGCACAUUAACACAAUUUUUAUCAUUUUUAUAUUCCUGUUUACCUUUUAUUUUACUGCAAAGUUAAUUCCUCUUAACUUUUUAAGUUUGCAAGAAGAAAAAGGAUGUGCAAUAUUUGUAAAUAAAUAAAUUUUAUAUUGUUAAAUUUUGUAA